ACUCUGAUUGGAGCGGUCUCUUGUCAACCAACGCAUGAGCUCCAGCUCCAUGCUCUACGAUCACGUUUCCUCGAGACAAAUAGGCAUCGCUUUAGGAUGCUGAACAAGGUACUGCUGUCGCAUCAGGACCAGAAGUCUGAAUGGGAUGGGGACGAUAAAAGAGAUGUAAAUGGAGAAGCAGAAGUGUCAAGAAGAAAAACAGGACAUCUGCACGGCUGCAAACCGGAUUUGCGUUAAAAGGCCAACAACAACAUCCCACCACUUUCCUCUAAUGCAAUCCAUAACUGACAAUUAAUGUCAAGCAGCACAUCGGUGCAGCAUUAUGCUGCCUUGCUGGAAGGAACACUGCUAAUGGAAAGAAAACCUUAUAAGAUUCAAUGCAUUAAAUACAUAUAAAUGCAGCAGAAUGCCUUCAAAAGUCUCAUGCUUGUACGUGUUGACAGUCGUUUGCUGGGCAAGUGCUCUUUGGUACUUGGGUAUAUCCCGCCCGACAUCCUCCUAUGUCAGUGGGCAGAUGUCUUUGUCGAUCCGGAAGACUGUGAAAACCCUUAAGAACACUACGUUCAGCAACAUCCGGACGCGAACGCUGAACCCACACGCCUUCGACUUUGUCAUCAACGAGCCUAAGAAAUGUGAGACCAACACGCCCUUCCUGGUCAUCCUGAUCAGCACCACACACAAAGACUUUGAUGCUCGUCAGGCCAUCCGGGAGACCUGGGGCGAUGAGAGCACCUACAGCGACAUCCGCAUCAUCACCCUCUUCCUGCUGGGCCGCAACACGGACGCCGUCCUCAACCAGAUGGUAGAACAGGAGAGCCAGAUCUUCCACGACAUUGUGGUGGAGGACUUCAUAGACUCGUACCACAACCUCACCCUCAAGACCCUGAUGGGCAUGCGCUGGGUGGCCACCUUCUGCUCCCAGGCCCAGUACGUCAUGAAGACGGACAGUGACAUCUUCGUCAACAUGGACAAUCUGGUCUACAAGCUUCUGAAGCCCACCACCAAGCCCAAGAGGAGGUACUUCACGGGCUACGUCAUCAACGGCGGUCCCAUCAGAGACAUGCGCAGUAAGUGGUACAUGCCCAGAGACCUGUACCCCGAGGCUAAGUACCCCCCGUUCUGCUCGGGCACGGGGUACGUGUUCUCAGUGGACGUGGCUGAGCUGAUCUAUAAGACCUCUCUGCACACCAGACUGCUCCACCUGGAGGAUGUGUACGUGGGACUGUGUCUGAGGAAGCUGGGCAUCCACCCCUAUCAGAACAGUGGCUUCAAUCACUGGAAAAUGGCCUACAGCCUGUGCAGGUACCGUCGUGUUAUCACUGUCCAUCAGAUCUCACCGGAAGAAAUGCACCGAAUCUGGAACGACAUGUCUAGCAAGAAACACCUCAGAUGCUAGUGGCACCUGAGGACAACUCAACUUGGACUCUUCUUAAUUUUCUGACAGCAUUUAGCUCUCUGUGGGCUACUAGCAUACUACUGGAUCCACUCUGUAGCUGUUGGGUGCAUGAAGCUUGUAAAGCGCAUGUUCUCAUUCAAACACACACUAAAAUCGUCUUGUUGCUAGUCAUUUUGUAAUCUGUCUAGAAUUCCAACUAUAGACUUCACAAACUCAUUUUGAUGAACAUUUACUCUCUAAUGUACAUUUUUUAAAGUAACAUUUACAGGUGAAACCAGAGUUAUUAUUGAAAGAAAAAAACGAUUUAUUUGUCAGUGUAAAUCUAUAUACUUUAUGUCAAGUUCUCAUGCUGUUUUGGGGGAUGCCGGUAUUUCCUUACAGCGGGACAAAGCCUCACCCACAUCAUGUCUCAUCCCUCCUACCAAUCUUAUGGCUGGUCAACUACUGUACACACAAUAAUACAUACAAUUUGAAAUGGCAAAUAACGCUGCAACAAUGACAACAAACAUAGACCAAGUGUGAAUGUUGUUGGUUGUUUUCAUAUUGUUGCCAUUUAUUAAGAAAUUAAGACAUCUCUGCUGGAUGGUAUUCAACACUGUCGGUAGUGAUGUUCACUACUGCAGUGUUCAAAACUACAUGUGUGGGUAAAACAGAUGCUAUACAUUUUUAUUUUCCUGGGUAUUUCUUGUUUAAAUAUCGGUGUAAAUGUAGGCUAACUGCCACUUCUUUGGGAAAGAAACAUUUCGAUGUAAUUUAUAUCUUUUUUUACUCUAUUAUUUUUCUUACGGUGUACUUUAAGUAAUUAAUGGUGUCAUGCUACAGGCUUCUGAUAAAACUGGCUUCUAUUACUUUAUACUGUACGUAGAGAGCUGAUUCAUUAACAAUUCAUUACCGCUACCAAGUCUCAACAGGCAUAAAUAUCAUCUUGUGCAAGUGACAAUUUACAUAGCAACAACUAUCUACAUUCACAAAUGAAUGUAUUAUCAUGUCUAUUUGGCAUAUCUUUACUGAAGCACUGCUUUUGAAGUAAUGUGAAAUAAUUAUAUUUUCUAGAACUUGGAUGGCUGUUAUGGUCCAAAUGUAAUUCAAGUAUUUUUUUAAAGUCUAGUAUUAUACUGAACAAAAAUAUAAAUGCAACAUGCAACAAUUUCCCAGAUUUUUCUGAGAAACAGUUCAUAAGGAAAUCAGUCAAUUGAA